AUGUUUCGUAUAAUCUGAACAGGAAAUCUUCAAGUUUGUCGAAUAUGUUAUUCAACUAGUGAUCUUCAAUCAUUAAUUGCACCUUGUCAAUGUUCAGGCACAAUGGGUAUACUUCAUAGAAAUUGUCUUGAACGAUGGCUUGAAAUAUCAAAUACAACAAAAUGUGAAAUAUGUCAACAUGAAUAUGAUACUGUACGAUAUCCAAAAUCAUUAUUUUAUUUUUUUAUAAAUCCUUUACGUUCAUCAGAUAUUCGUUAUUUAAUUACUGAUAUUAUUUUAUUCAUUGUUUUAACAAUAAUUGUUAGUUGGUUAAUAAUAACUAAUAUAUCAAAAAUUAAAAUCGUAAAAACAUUUCAUGAUAGAAUAUCAUAUAUUAUUCUUCCAUUUGCAGUCAUUUUUAUUUAUAUUAUUUGGUGUUGGGUUAGUUUUCGUUAUCAUAUUCAAGUAAUUAAAGAAUGGCGUUCUGUUAAUCAACCAAUUCGUGUUAUUAACAAGAAAAAAUUAAAAAUGAAUUCGAAUGAAAAUUUACUCUCAAGAUCAAAUCAAAUACUUGAUCAUGAUAGUUUAUAUAGUUUAACCAGUCAAAAUGAAGAGAAUAUAUUGCCGGAUAUAUAUAUAUUGUCAAAUAAUAAUUGA